UCCCGCCUUGGGCAUCAUGAGUUACUUCCUGUCUUACUGCAAAGCCCACGGCAGCUCGCUUCUCACUGGCUACCAGACCCUACGCGCUGAGGGCUUUUUGUGCGACGUGACACUGGAGGCCGAGGGCAGUGAGUUCCCAGCGCACAGGUCACUUCUAGCGUGCUCCAGCGACUACUUCAGGGCCCUGUUCAAGAGCCACACUCAGGAAUCGCGGGCUCGCGUAAUUCACCUGCAUGUGCCUUCAGCGGCCGGCCUACAGCGCCUGUUGGACUUCAUCUACACUGCCUGGCUGCCCCUCUCCAUGGACACUGUGGAGGACACUCUGGAAGCUGCUAGCUACCUGCAAGUCACCGAGGCCUUGGGACUGUGUGCCCACUACUUAGAACGCCAGCUUGCCCCAGAGAAUUGCUGCUUCACUGCCAACGUGGCAGCUCGCUUUGGCCUGGCCCGCACCCUAGGUGCAGCGGAGCGCUGUAUUGUGCGCCACCUGGGGGAGCUGUUACUGAUGGGCACUGGCCCCUCGGGGCUGCUGGAACUCAAUCCUAUAUCAAUGAAAGCUGUGCUGGGUGCCCCCGACGUGGCACGGGUGGCUGAGACAAGGCUGCUGGGCCUGGCACUAGCUUGGCUGCAGCAGGAGCCCACAGCCCAGCGCCUUGCACAUAGUUCAACACUGCUUGGAUGCAUCCGCUUUGGCCUGGUGCCUGCUGGUGUGCUGAGGCGCAUAUACUCGGGCUCCGGUCUUGUAUUGCCUACUAGGAUCAAGAGCCUCAUCAUCCAGGCCCUCAAUUACCACACAGCCCCCUCCAGCCAGCCUCUUCUGCAGGGAGAACAGACUAGUGUCCGGAGUCCCCAGACCCGUAUCUUGCUAGUUGGUGGUCUCAGAGCUAGGGAGACUGUAACUGAGGAAAUUAUGGUCCUACCAGAGGUAGUUCCGAAUCGGCACCCUGCACCUGAACCAGAGGAAGAGGAGGGAGAGGAGGAAGAAGAGAUGGAGGAGGAGAAGGAGUGGGAGCUCACCCAGGAUGUGGUGUCCUUCGAUGUGUACAACCACAGCUGGCACAGCCUGACACAGCUGCCCACACCACUGCUAGGCCACAGUGUAUGUACCACCGGCAACUUCCUAUUUGUCCUUGGGGGGGAGAGCCUUUGUGGCAGCCCAUCUAGUUCCCUGGCUGAUGGCUCAAGGUCAGUCACAGCCUUAGUGCACCGUUAUGACCCGCGCUUCCACUCUUGGACACAGGUGCCUGCCAUGCGAGAAGCAAGGGCCUACUUCUGGUGUGGUGUGGUAGGCGAGAGUCUCCUGGCUGUUGGAGGCUUGGGCACCUGUGGUGAGGCACUGGCCUCAGUGGAGAUGUAUGAUCUGCGCAGGGACCGCUGGAUGGCAGCUGGAGAGCUACCUCGGGCAGUACAUGGUCACGCAGGUGCUGUCGGGGACCAUGGUGUUGUGUACAUCUCCGGGGGCAAGGCUGGGAGAAGUGAAGGAGGCACAAGUAGCCUCCGGGAUAUGUACUCCCUUAGCCCGGGAGAACAAGUGUGGAGCAAGAGGGCAUCCAUGGGCACAGCUCGCUAUGGGCACUACCUUGCGGUGCUGCGAGGUGCAGUGUUUGCCUUUUUGGGGAGAUAUGAGCCCUUCUCUGAGAUUGAACGCUACGACCCCAGCACAGACCAGUGGACUCGGUUGCGGUCAUUACCCUAUGACCGCUUCUGCUAUGGACUUGCUGUGGUAGAAGAGACAGUGCUGUUGCUGGGCGGUCUCAAGUGGCGAGACUCACGGCAGGUGCCAACCCGGAAUGUAGUGGGCUAUGACCUUGACCAGGACCGUUGGGAAGAUAUAGGCUGUGUGCUGCCCUGGGCGUGGAAUGGCCUUCAGUGUGCAGUGCUGCAGCUGCCCAAGGGUAGGGAGGAGACAAGGGAGGGAGAGACUGGAGAGGUGCCAGAUUUAGUGCUGGAUUGAACAGGUGAGUCCAGUCUUCAGAGGCUCUCAGAGAAAGCUGUUCUUGACCUUGCCUGAAGAGCAAUGCUUUUUUUUUUCCUCUAAGAGG